AUGAGGCGCUGGACCGCCUUCGCGAGGACGUUCCGCGGCAACUCAGGGAGGAGCUCGAGCCGCGGCUGGAGCGCCUGGAGGCGUGCUCCCCAGGGCUCGAGCGGGCGCUGCAGGACAGACGACUCCGCGAGCGAGCUGAGACCUGUGGUCGAGCAGGGGCUGGAGCGGCUGGAGCAUGUCCGCGGCGAGCUGGAGGCGGAGCUGCAGCGGGUGCGCGAUGAGCUCGCGGGCGAGUCCGCCGCGCGGGAGCAGGGGCUCGGGCGCGUCCGCGCGGCCCAGGACGCGCUGCAGGCGGAAUUGCAGCAUGUCCGGGAAGCUCUCACGGAGGAGUCCGCCGCGCGGGAGACGGGGCUCGGACGCGAGCGCUCGGCUCGGGACGCGCUGCAGGCGGAGCUGCAGCAGGUCCGGGAGGGCCUCGUGGGCGAGUCCGCCGCGCGGGGCGUGGGCCUCGAGCGCGAAUCCGCCGCGCGGGAGGCGCUGCAGGCGGAGUUGCAGCAGGUCCGGGAGGACCUCGCGGGCGAGUCCGCCACGCGGGGCGAGGGUUUCGAGCGCGAAUGCACCGCGCGGGAGGCGCUGCAGGCGGAGGUGCAGCAGGUGCGGGAGGACCUCGCGGGCGAGUCCGCCGCGCGGGGCGAGGUUAUAGAGCGCGAAUGCGCCGCGCGGGAGGCGUUGCAGGCGGAGUUGCAGCAGGUCCGGGAGGACCUCGCGGGCGAGUCCGCCGCGCGGGGCGAGGGUUUCGAGCGCGAAUCCGCCGCGCGGGAGGCGCUGCAGGCGGAGUUGCAGCAGGUCCGGGAGGACCUCGCGGGCGAGUCCGCCACGCGGGGCGAGGGUUUCGAGCGCGAAUGCACCGCGCGGGAGGCGCUGCAGGCGGAGUUGCAGCAGGUCCGGGAGGACCUCGCGGGCGAGUCCGCCGCGCGGGGCGAGGGUUUCGAGCGCGAGUGCGCCGCGCGGGAGGCGUUGCAGGUGGAGUUGCAGCAGGUCCUAGAGGGCCUCGCGGUCGAGUCCGCGGCGCGGGGCGUGGGCCUCGAGCGCGAGUCCGCCGCGCGGGAGGUGCUGCAGGCGGAGCUGCAGCAGGUCCAGGAGGGCCUCGCGGGCGAGUCCGCCGCGCGGGAGGAGGGGCUCGGGCGCUCGCGCUCAGCCUGGGACGCGCUGCAGGCGGAGGUGCAGCAGGUUCGGGAGGCCCUGGCCAACGCGCCCUCCGCCCGGGGGGAGGCCAGCCUGGAGGGCGAGUCCGCCGCCCACCAGGCGCUGCAGGCGGAGCUCAAGCAGGUGCGGGACGACCUCACCGAGACCGUGAGGGGCGAGUGCAGUGCCCGGCAGGCACUGCAGGAGGCCCUCCAGAGGGUCCAGGGCGUGCUGGAGCAGAGGUCCGCCGCCCAGGAGGCUGGGCUGGAGCGCGAGUCCGCCGCCCUGGAGGCGCUGCAGGCACAUACUGACGCCCUCAAGGCGGUCGAGGAGGGCCUCCAGCGGGAGUCCGCCGCCCGGGAGGCGGGCUUGGCUCGCGAGCGCGCCGCCAGGGAGGCUGGCGCGGAGCGCGAGGAGGCUGCCCUGGAGGCGCUGCAGGCCAGCGUCACGCAGUGGCUGGCGGACGAGAAGGCGUGGCUCCGGCAGGCGCUGGAGGGCGAGACGCGGGCGCACGAGGGCGCGCGGGAGAAGCUCGCAGCGCGGCUGGAGGAGUGCCUGCAGCAGGAGGCGCAGGGGCGCCAGGGCGAGGCCCGGCGCACAGCUGAGGCGGCGGCGGAAGCCCUCGAAACCGCGGCGGCGGCGGGCUCUCGCGCCGCUCUGCUCGAGCGGCGCUUGGAGGAGGAGGCGGCCGCCCGCGAGCGGGCGGUGGGGCGGCUGGCGGCCGACACGGAGGAGGGCCGGCAGUGCCUGCGGCUGGCCUUGGCCGAGGAGGGCGCCGCGCGCGCGGAGUUGUCGCGGCAGUUUGCCGAGCUGCUGGACCAGAGGCUCGCCGAAGCAGGGCCCGACAGCGACGGUGCAGCGCGCGCGGCGCUGGAGGAGGCGCUGGAAGAGGUGCGGCGGCUGGCCCGCGAGAGGCUGGAGGAGGCGCAGGCGCAGCUGAGGGGGGAGCUGGCUGAGGAGGUCGCCGCCGGCCUCGAGGCAGUGCGGGACGAGGGCCGGCGGCGCCUGCAGGAGGCCCUCGAGGGGGGGCGCACCGAGGUGCAGCGGGCGAUGCAGGAGGCGCCGCGGCGUGCGCGCGUCUCGGCCGCGAACUUGCCCGCUGACAGCCUCGGCGGCGAGCUCGGCGGCCUUGGCGGAUUCCGCCCGCGGCGCGGCGGCCUCUGGGGCAGACUCGGCCGCGCCCGUGGCUCCAGCGCCGAGCGCUUCAGCCGCGCCAGCCGGGGGUCCGCCUGCGCCGGCGCCGUCGCCGCCGCCUGGAGCCGCGACCGUCUGGCCGUCGUCAGCGUUCACUCUCCUCUUCUUCGCCGUGCGAUCGAUGAUCUCCGAUACUUCUCCGCGCGGGUCAGCCAGUCGCGGACCUCUGCCUCAACGGCCGACAUUUCGCGCUCCAUGGCGAGCAAGCGCUCGUGGAUCUCCAUGGGGCCCGGCUGCCUGCGCCAAAUGCUCGGCCACGCACUCCGCGACUCGCGGAGGACCCCCCUCGGGUGCACGAGGGUGGAGCAGAUGAAGGAGUUGUUGAACUUCAUGCGGCUCGGGGAGGGCGAUGGUUCACGCUCGAAGUGCUCAUUCACGGGGUGGCGCAUGCGCAAGCACUGGGUCAAUCGCAGCGCGUGCGCCGAGUUCCCGCCGGGCGGCGGCUCGCGCGUCUUCGUGGCUGGAGACCGCCGCCGCUUCCAGGUGCAGGUGGUCGAUGGGUUGGCGUUGAUGUCGGGCGCGGACCGCGCGCGCUCGCUGCACGACGCCUCGGUGAACGUGAAGGCCUUCAUCGGCGAGUGGCCCCCGAUGCGCAUCGACCAGACCGGCCUCGCGGUCGACGGCGAAGCGGUGAAAGCCCUGCCAGCGGCCCCCAUCCAGCGGGCCAAGGGCGGCAUGCAGCGGGGCAGGAGGGCCCGCGCCGCGCUGCAGGACUAG